ACUCUUCAAGCAAGAAGUAGUCAAGCAAACCCAAAAAAAAACACCAAAAUGUUCAAGCUGAUCGCUGUCCUGUCCGCUCUCUGCGCCGUUGCCAAUGCUGGCGUCAUCGCUCCCUACAGCCAUGGCUAUGGCCUGGGCUAUGGUGCCGCUCUGGCUCCCGCCUAUGCUGCUCCAGCUGUGAUCUCGCAUGCUCCCAUCAUCAAGAGCUACGCUGCUCCUAUUGUGCACGCUCCCAUUGUGAAGACCAUUGCUCCAUUGGCCACCUCUUAUGCCAACACCUACAAGGUUGCCACCAAGGCCUACCCUGUGGUCCAUGCUGCUCCCGCUGUCUACCACGCCCCCGCUGUGGUUGCCGCCCCCGCUCUGCACACCACCUCCACCUACCACGGACAUGGUGCCUAUGGCGGCUAUGGCAGCUACGGCAGCUACGGUCUGGGAUACGCCGGCUAUGGCCAUGGUUAUCUGCACUAAGCGGAGUAUUAACUCUAACGAUCAGUUGACGACCAUCCAGCAACAUCCUUGACACGAACAACACAACAACAUCAACAACAACAUCUACAUUUUCCCAUCGCGGAUAGUGUGAGAUUUAAAACUCAGUACAACAUGUUCGACAUUUUGCCGCUGUCAAAGUGCAGAACUCGCAGUCGUGUUCAAAAUUACAACAGAGACAGAGACACUGGCUGAGAGCGUGAGCGAGAGCGAGAGAGAGAUAGAGAUAGUGUGAGAGCUAUGAACGAAUGAGCAAGAGAUCAAGUCAAUGCUGUUAAUUAUUACUUUUUGUUAUUGUGCAAUGCUCGUGGUUUCCACUUAAGUAAAUAAACGAUUUGAAA